AUGAAGUUCUUCUCCGUCUUCGCUCUUUCCAGCCUUUUCGUUGGCUCCAUCGCCGCCCCGGCCCCGGCCGAGAAGCGCCAGGAUGUCGGCUCCGUCCUGAACAUCGUCACUGGUCUGCUCAGUGAGGUCCAGCAGUACACCGGCGUCAUCAACUCCACCGCCACCAGCCUCGGCCCCCUCUCCACCCUGAAGCAGAACCAGACUGCUGCCAACACCUACCAGGACAAGGUCGACGGCCUCACCUCGCUCGUCCAGGGCACCGUCACCAAGGUCACCAGCCUCCAGCAGACCGCCGGUGGUCUCACCUCCCGCGCCGAUGAUGCCAACGCCAUCGCCGGCGUCCUCUCCAACGUCCUCCUUGAGGUCAACGGCGCCAUGAACAACGUCGACGGCACCCUCGGUCUUGGCUCUCUCCUCGGUCUCGCUACUCCCCUCACCGACACUCUCUCCGGUCUCCUCGAUGGCGUUGAGUCCCUCGUCGGCGGUGUCCUGAGCCUUGUCGAGGGUCUCCUCGGCGGUGUCCUCAAGACUCUCGGCCUCAGCAACGCUCUGAACGGCCUCGUCGGCAGCAACGGCAUCCUGUCUGGCCUCCUCGGCGGCACCCUCGGCAACAGCUCCGACGGCCUCCUCGGCGCUUUGUAA